GUAGCUGUGUGCUAGGAGUGGUACCAUCUUCUAUUCCUGUGGUCUUCCCACUCAGAUUAUCCUAAAACCUCACAAUGUCUGUAUUCAGUGCAAAGGAGCUGGUGAUUGCUGUAAGAAGUGUCUCUGCAUCACUAAUGCAGGAGGCGUCGCAGUUCUGCUACAAUCAGAAGGAGACCCUGGCGAUGGUGGGAGCCGGAUACAUAGUUUGGAAAGGCCUGAAAUUCCUGCGUGGGUGUUAUAAUCAGGUGCAGCAGAUCUGCCAGUGUCUGUUUAGCAACGCCAGCAUUAUAAAGCAAUAUGGAGAGUGGGCUGUAGUCACUGGAGCCACAGACGGUAUUGGUAAAGCAUACGCUGAGGAGCUGGCGAGUCACGGUGUGAACAUUAUCCUUUUAGGCCGUAACACUGAGAAGCUCCAAAAUGUGUCUGAGGCAAUAACAGCUGCCUAUGGUGUGAAAACUCGUUUCAUAGUGGCGGAUUUCAGCAAGGGCCGUGAAGUGUUUCCUGCCAUUAAGGAGGCUCUUAAUGACGUGGAUGUCGGCAUUUUGGUUAACAAUGCUGGAGUGUGUUAUGACUACCCUACAUACUUUAUGGACGUAUCAGAAGAUAAAAGUAUGGAUAUCAUCAAUGUCAACAUUACUGCAGCUGUUAUGAUGGUAUAUGUAGUGCUCCCGGGCAUGGUGCAGCGUAAGAGAGGAGCCAUUAUCAAUGUGGCCUCUGCAACAUAUUACAAGCCUGUUCCGCUUAUGACUGUGUAUGCUGCCUCCAAGUCUUUUCUGGAUCGUUUCACUAGAGCGUUACAGUAUGAAUAUUCCUCUGAAGGGAUAUUUAUACAGAGUUUGACUCCUUUUUUUGUGGUUUCAAAGAUGGUAGAUUUUUCUGAUUUCUUUACAAAAAAGUCCUUGUUGGCUCCACUUGCUAAAGAAUAUGCACAUAGUGCAGUGCGAACCAUAGGGAGAUCGCUGAGGACAACCGGACACUGGUCCCACUCCAUCCAGUUCAAUUUUGCUGACAAACUCAAUCAGAACCAUAGGAAUAUAAAUAAAGAAACAUUUAAUUGUAUUAGGCCACCAAUUAUCAAAGAAGGAGAAAGGCUAGUACCAAUUCUAAAUGUAAUUAGAAGAUCCACAAGGUGGAUUAAAAAAGGAUUCCAGCCAAUAACUGCAAAUAUGAAUUAA